CUAUUACCCACAUAACCUCAAUUAAGCUUAAUGUCACAUACCUAAACAAAACUAUUUUAAUAAUAUUUCGAAAUGCCUGACGUAGAGUGUGAUGUAUGCGGUGGGAACGAUUUUUACAAGGAAUCCGGUCAUUAUUUCUGCAAGGAUUGUCAAACUCAAACCCAGGAAAUCCAGGAGCAUGUCUUUGAAAACGAAAUUGAACAUGUUAACAUCAAAAGCACGACCAGGGUUAAAAAGAGCGUGGAAAAAAAAGAGAACAAGAUCACCAGUUGGGAGUGCUACAAUAUUAUUUUGUAUUCGUUGACGAAUCAGUUGAUAAAUUUAGGUGCCGACCCAAAAUUAAAGGAAAUUGUAAAGUGCCUUUGGAUGUUGUAUUUAGAGAAGUUGGAGGUUAUAAAUCGCGAGGACGAGAUGCCCAAGUUGCCCAUUAUUAAUAACAGAAAGGAUUCUGAAAUUUUGUAUGGAAGAAGGAUUAAAAAAAGAAGAAGACGGUCUUCAUCAGAUGAGACUUCAACUUCAUUAAAUACUUCACUGUCUAUUAAAAGAGAUAGGGGUAGAAAAAAGAGGGCUUUAGCAGAGUCUCAACUAGAAGAACUCUCUAAAAAAUCUGCGCAAGAAUCGUCUUCUUUGCACAAUGAAACGUUGACGAGUAUUAAAAGUGGCUCUAAUUCAUCUACAUUACAUAAAACUAGAAUUAAUAAACAUUCAGUGAAAGAGUUAAGAAAGGUAAUUGGAAGGGAGCAUAUGAAAAGACAUAAACGUGGUGAUAGCAUUACAUGCCAUUCAGCCACAUACAAAAAUGCUUCUAAGAAACAUAAAAUCACUGUUAUAAGUCCAAUGAAGUUGUAUUCCCUACUAUACAUUGGUUUGUUAAUAAACAAGGAUGAUAUUCAACUGGGUGACCUAUUGAGAUUCAUAAAUGAAGGUCAUAUUAGUUUUGAUUUUUAUUCUGAUCUAUUCCCGGAGGAAUAUCACGAUAAAGUUUUGAAUUUCAAUAACCACACUGUGAAUAAACCUUAUACUAACAUGGGGUUUAGGAAGCAAGUGGCUGGGUUGGUUAUUCUUUUAGGUGUUCAGAGCUACUUGACUAUACCAGAUCUGCCAAGGCUUUGCAAGAGGUUUUGCAAGGAACUAAAUUUACCAGGCCCUAUAAAUGACUGCGCAGUCAAAUUAAUGUGCAAGGCUCUCCCGAAAAUGCUCUUCCAAAAACAAGGCGUAUUUCCAAACUAUGAAGGGCGAGUUCUAUCAAUAAUUCUGGUGGUAUUGAAACUAUUAUUCGGACUCGACGGUGCAACCGAAAACGAAUUCUCCAAAUAUUCAAAAUUAUGCAACGAAAAACAACCGGAAAAAAUGUUUGAUGUUAACCAUUGGUUAAAAUAUUUGGGGUAUAGAAAAUUUGUCAUAGAUGAGUAUCACUUCCCAACUCAGCUUAACAAUAAUCCUGAAGUCGUCGAUAGUGAUUUAUAUUUGGAAUAUAUUUCCACCAAACCCAAACAAUACAGUGAAGAUGUAAAAUUAAUUAAAUAUAUGGAGGAUUACAAAGAACUGCUAACCAAGUUAAAUAAUGUGCAGGAUGAUUUUUUUAAUCCUUUGGAGUUUCCUUGUAGUUUAACGCCUUUCAAAGAUUAUACUGAGGUUCUAUUAAAGUCCUUUAAACUUCAAAAUAAGGAUUACAAUAGGGAUUUACUCAGUUGUAAUUUUUCUGGCGAUUCCAUUGAUUUCUUGUUACAACCUAAUAAUUAUUUAAACCUUGUUAAUAAUGGUGAAAAUUUUGAGAUUAUUGAAAGAGGAGCAAAUGAAAAUGUACAAAUAAACGAUAUAAAAAAUGAGGCUGUUGAGAAUAGGGAUCAAAGAUUGAAGGAUAGAAAAGUAGUCACUGUACAAAAGAAAAACAAGGAUGAAAAUCUACCAUUGUUUGAUACCAAAAAUACAUUUAAACCAAGAAAACCCCUCAAAAUCGAACCCACAGGUAGCUCCUACACCAAACAUUACAAUCCAUUCAAAAAAUACUGGGUUAACUUCAUAAGAUACCCAGACCUGAUGUCCAAGCACAAAUUCGACAUUUUUUUCAACGAUUUUCCAGACUCCUUUAAAACAAUGUUCCUGGAGUGUUCUAGGAUUAGCGAGCAAAACAUCCAGGAAUUAUUCCUGGAAUUUCAAUUGACUGAAGCAUAUUUGGUUUAUGUUGCCCAAUAUAAACCUAGGGAUGAUCCACCUAAAGUUGUUAAAGUUAAACUGAAAAAUCUUGUUUCCAGAGCCAAGAAAAAUUGGUGACAUGUUUUUUUUAUUACACGCAUAAUUUAUUAAACCUUUUAAAACAAAC